AUGACGUUAAAUGUUACUGAAAAUCUUCUUGAAUGUCAGAAAUUUGAUGGACCAGAUAUUUUGUCAAGACAUCUUUAUACAAGAGAAUGUGAAAUUGGUGAAAUAACGAAAUAUAUUUAUCAGGAAUUAAUAAAACGUAAUGGUUCACAAUCGACUCUUACUCUUGAAAAUUUUUGUUUCGAUCAAUCAAUGAUUGAUGAAAUUGUUAAAUUAGCUGAUAAAAAAUUCGAUGGUCAUACAGCUGCUUGUAGCCCAGCACAACGUUCAUAUCCACUUGCUUUUUGUCAAUAUAUCUCAGAUGAUGAUUUAUUUGAUUUCACUAUGCUCGAAGCCAAAUUAACUCAUUAUAGUCCAAUUGCAGGUCAAGUAGCUGUAUUCACAACACCUCGUCUUCAUAAUGAUAUACAGAAUGUAUUAUUGUGUCAUCGUCGUUAUGUUUAUCCUGAUGUAAAAGCACGUGUAGUGUAUGCACCAACAGUACUCAAUGAUGCACUGUAUUUUGUUGAUGGAUGGGAAAAUACAACUCAAGUAACUGCAAAUGCUCAUAGAAAAGACAAAUAUUAUUGUGCACCGAUUGUAGGUAUAUUAGCUGGUGCUCGUUGUGAAAUCUCAGAAGAAACAUAA